UGGCGGAGAUGCGCGAUGCCCUGCAGAGCGCCCCCUUCGACGAGGUCUUCGCCUUGCUGAAGAAGCCGCUGGCCCUCCGCGAGGCCCUCCAGAACGCCCCCGAGCCGGAGGAGCAGGGCGAGCUGCUCGGCGUGCUGGAGGGCCUGGAGGAGGCCUUCUGCCGGGCGCGGCCGGGGGCCUGGCAGGAGAAGCUGCAGGGCCUGCGGAGGACCCGCUGGGAGGAGGCGGCUGCCCUGCUGGAGAAAGUCUGGUCCCUGAAGACCGAGGUCUAUCUCCUGAUCUCUGACCUCGACCGGGAGGAGAAAGUGGUGGUGCUGAUGGACGAGCUGAGGGGCCUGCAGGAGGCCGUCCGCGGGGCCCCCCUGGCCGACCGGGAGGCCCUGUGGGAGAAGCUGGAGGCCCUGCAGGCGGCCCUGAGGGAGAUCCCGGUGACGGAGGUGCUGCUGCUGCGCAGCAAGGCCAAGGCGCUGCGCAAGAAGGCCACGGACUUCUGGACUGACCCCCUGGAUGAGGCCGAUGGGCUGCUGGAGGAGGUGGACGCCCUGCGGGAGGUCCUCACCGGCUCCCCCUUGAAGGAGGCCCUGUGGGGGAAGGUGGAGGACCUGCGGGGCAGCCUGCGGGAGAUCGCCAAGAAGAAGAUCAGCGUUCUCUCCUACUACCUGUGGAACGUCCUGUGGAGCCCCUUGUGGAAGAAGGUGGGCGACAUGCAGCGCGCCUUGUGGAAGACCCCUCGCAAGGAGGAGGGGGUUGUGCAGGAGAAACUUGGGGACCUGGAGCACGCCCUGGACGAAAUCCUGGAGGAUAACCUCAGUGGCCUCCCCAGGAUUCUGUAUGCCCUGCCGGGGAUAGUGACCGCCCUGCAGAAGAAGGUGCACGCUGUGCGAGAGAGCCUGCAAGAGACGCCCCCUGAGAUGGCCGUGGCGCUGCAGGGGAAGGUGGUGGCCAUGCAGGAAGCCCUGUGGAAGAUUCCUUUCAAGGAGGCGCAUCUCAUGCAGGAGGACCUGAAGGCCUACUGUCUCACCUUGCAGAAGAAAGUGGAGGCCUGGUGGGCUCGCCCCCUGGAGGGCCCCUCCUCAAAGCGCAGGGCCGCCUUGCCGGAGGAGGCCAGAGGGACCCCCGGAGCGGAGAGGAGUGAAUCUUGUGUGACCAGGGAUGGCCCGGAUGCAGGGGCCAGCCAAAUGGAUCCUGUGGUUGGAGGAAUAAGGCACCGAGGUGUUUCCGCCGUUUCCUCUCCAGCUCUUCCAGCAGCCCUCGGGGCAGCAAACCCCCUAACAGAUGACGGCGUAAAGUCUGGUCAUGCCAGAGGUUUCCAGUAUUCUGUGCUGAAAGCGAUUCCACAUUCCCAUUUCCAGCAGAGGAAGGACUGGUAUGAGAACACCGACCAAGAUCUGCGUGAUUACGUUGUGCAGAGGCUUGUACACGCUAUCUUUCCAACUCCUGACUUAGCAAUCCUGAAAGAUCACCAGGUAGAGAAGGUGGUGGCUUAUGCCAAGAAGGUGGAAGGGGAUGUUUAUGAAUCAACAAACCAUUGGGGUGAAGGACGGAGCCUAAGAAACCACAAACCAGUCACUCUGACAUGGAUCCCUGGGGGCUCCCAAGCAAAUCAUGCACAGAUGCACUGGGAUGCAACUUGAAACCAGUUACCAGAAGUCAGCAUGGAUUUGGUGAGAGCAAAUACUGCUGGAGAAGCGUCUUGCCUUUUGAUGGGUUAACUUCGAUAGUAGAUGGUGGGAAUGCUGAAUAAAUACCUUGAAUUCAGCGGAGCAUAUUGCAAAGAGCUUUAUAACCUUCUGAUUAGCAAACUAAUUAAUGACAGCUGUGGAUACAUAGAUGGUACAAGAGGAAUGCCAAAUAAUGAUUUCUCAUCAGAAAAAAUGUUUUUUAUUUAGUGACUUGGAUGAAGAGGUGGAGGGAGGUCUUACCCAAAUUUGCAGGUGACGCAAAACUGGAUGUUAUACCUGAUAUCCUAGAAGACUGAAAUAAAAUUCAAAAUGUUCUUGAUCGGUUAGACAAAUGAAUUGAAAAUAAUAAAAUUUAAUGGAAUAAAGUUCUUCAGAAAGAAGGACUAGGUGCCCAGGUCUAAGAUGUGGAGGGAUACCUGCCUCAGUGCCUGUGAGGAAGUCCUUGGAACAGGGCUUAAUUGUAGACGGAGCGUGUGCCCAGCGCGGUGCCUGCAAACACUGUCUUCCUUUGGUCAGAGCUUCAUUUGAGAGCUGUGCCCAUGUUUUAAGAAGAAUUUAAGGAAAUUGGUACAGAAGAACGAAGAUGGACAGGAAACAAGAUGUUACGAAGAAAAGUGGAAGGAAUUGGGAAAAUUUAACCUUACAGUGGGAUGAAACAGCCCUCUUGAGAUGCCCAAAGGGGUGUCGCACAGAGGAAGGCCACGGCCUGUCCUCUUUUUCCAGAAUGCAAGUCAUGGGACAGUGGAAUCAAGUUGCAUUCCGGCUGAGGCUAGAAGGAGGUUCAUGCUUUCAGGAGGGUUUUCCUCGGCUCCCUACACCAAGCGGGGGUUGGACCUGUUGGCUUCAGUGAAGCUAACUCCUCUCUUGGAGUUCUAGAGUUGGAAGGGACCUUAGGAAUGGUCCAGUGCCAACCCCUUCUCUCUGCUAGAGUGAGGGUGGGACAUCUCUGAGAGAGGACCAUAUAACCUCUGUUGGAAAAGCUCCAGUGAGGGAGAACUCAUCACUUUGCAUGGCAACCUGUUCUGCUGCCUGACGGCUCAUUCCUUCUUGGCCUCGAGCCUGAAUCUGGUUUAAACAGACUGGUUCUGGUCUUGCCCUCUGAGGCAGUAGAGAAUAACCCUGCUCCCUCUUCUCUGUGACAGCCCUUCAGAGGUUUGAAGACUGCUAUCUUGCCUCCCCUCAGUCACCUCCUCUGUAGACUAAACUUUCCCAGAUGUUUGCAGGGUUGGUUUCCAGAUCCUUCACCAUCAUCAUAGCCUUCCUCUGAACCACCCGCUGUGCUUUCUGAACUCUAGUGCCCAAACCGGGAUUUGCAGUCAUUUGCAGGAUUCCAAGUGAGGUCUGUCAUAUGAGUGGAAGGGGACAGUGUCUAAAAUCUGGACUCUGUGCUCCUGUUAAUGCACCCCAAAGUAGUAGUUGCCUUUUUAGCAGUUGCACCCCAUUGCUGGCUUAGGUUUAAUCUGUGGUCAAUAGGGACACCCAGAUCCCUAUUUCCAGUGCUGGUGCCAAGCCAGAUCUCUCCACCCUAUCUAUCUAUCUAUCUAUCUAUCUAUCUAUCUAUCUAUCUAUCUAUCUAU